GCUUCCGGUAGCCGACUGUACACACCUAUUGCAAAAUAUGCAGACGGGAUAGAAUUAAAUCAUUCGCAGGACACGCACCGGUGACUCACUGUGGAGGCACGAUGCGUUGCAGCGAUAAUCGCCCGUCGCUUAUUGAAUACUGACAGUUCCACAAUAAAAGCUAAUUGCUCAACCAGUAAUAGCGAAAAUUUGCAACAAAGUAUUCGCAACGAGUCCAGUAACAUUCUAGUGUUCGGCAAGGUGUGGGAUAUGUUCAGUUUGUUGGUUUUGACGUGUUUGGUGGUGAGGAGCGAGCAGAAUGUGGUGCAGACGGCGCAGGGGAUGCUGCGGGGGCAGGCUGGCGAUGGGGUCGUGUCCUACCGAGGGAUCCCGUAUGGCACGCUCCGGGAAGAUGCCAGGUUUAAGCUAGCCGGUCUGGCUCCGUCAUGGGCCGGGUUUCGCGAGUCGGAGAAGCCGACGUGUUCGGCGUCGUCCGCGGAGCAGUGCCUGCAGCUGGACGUGCACGUGCCAACGGCGGCCGCGCCCUGGCCCGUGCUGGCGUGGGUGGCCGGCGGCGGCGGGCCUUACGACCCCGGCCUGCUGGUGCGGCAGGGGGUCGUGGUGGUCGUCAUACACCACAGAUUAGGUCCAGUGGGAUUUCUAUGCACGAAGGAGGAACAGAUACCAGGCAACGCCGGUGCAAAGGAUGUGGUGUCAGCGCUGCGAUGGGUGCGGGACAACAUCGUGGCGUUCAGAGGAAACCCUGCGAAUGUAGUAGUGGGCGGGCAGGGCUUCGGGGCUGCGAUCGUCGAGGGCCUGACUCUCAGUCCUAUGGCUGAGGGCCUGUUCCACGGAGCUAUUAUGCAAAGCGGGACGAUAUUAAGCCCUUGGGCUUUUAAUUACAACUCGACUGAACGCGCCCUCAUGCUUGGAAAAUUGUAUACCGGCAGUGACGCGAUCGCGUCAUCUUUAAUCAAAGCUGAUGACGUCGAUUUAGCAGACAAGGCUGACAAGCUCAACUUGCCUUACUACCCCUUCGGAAUGUGUACAGAGAAAGCUUUUAAGAGGGAAGAGAGAUUUCUUUCUGAGCCGCCGUUCGAUUCGCUGUCGAAUCACAAAGUACGAAGUGUUCCGAUGAUUAUAGGGUUCAACAGCGAGGAAGGAUACGUCUUUGUGGCAAUGUUGAAAGCAUUGCGAAUAUUGAAGAGGAUGGUCAAAAAUUUUAAUAUUUUACUUCCGGAAGAAUUCAAGAGUUUGAACGACAAAGAAUUGAAGCGAAUUAAAGAGAUUUACUUUGAUGGCAAAGUUAAUAUGUCUGACGUUCUCGCAUAUCAUAGAGACGCGUAUUUUGUAAGCCACAUACACCGCAGUGCGCGGUUACACGCCGCGUCCGCGCCGGUGUACUACUACCAGUUCUCACACUCCGGGGCAUGGGGCGUGGAACCCGAGCGAGGGAUCCCCAAGACCGGGGCUGCCCAUGGAGAUGAACUGGCGUUACUGUUCCCGGAUAAAGGGCAGGAGUUGGAAGGGGAGGAUGGAGAGGUGCAACGCGCGAUGGUUCGACUUUGGACUAACUUUGUCAAGUAUCUGCAACCAACGCGCGACGAAUCGCCUCGCUGGGAGGCAAGCACCGACAACCUUCUAGACAUAACUGCUGGCAGCACAACCAUGCGGCCCUUCCCACACUCCCGGGCCUGUCGUCUCUGGGACGACCUCUACGAGCGGCACUACUACAACAGGCUACGGAACAAUGGCUAGGAUUCUAACC